UUGUUGCAAGAUAUAUAUAGUUAUAUAUGCACUCUUCUGAGUGCAAGAUUUUCACUUAAGAUCUUCUCAAAUGUGAAUGCCAAAGUGAAACUGCUGGCUGGAUCACAACCCCAUGAAAGGAAAUUAAUGGGAUGAUUAAAAGAUAGUUAACGCGCGAGAAUAAGAAAAGGAAAUGAUUUUAACUUUUCCAUUUAUUAACGUAUGUAUAGUUAUUAUUUUCCAUGGAUCCUUCCAUAUAUAUUAAGAUAACUACUGAAUGUCAUAACACCUUAUGUAUAUGUAUGAUACGUUAAGAUAUAACUCCUGCAAUACCUCAAAGAUUCAAAACAACACGUAUGUUCUUGCCUUAAUUACUUAACCUGAUGAUAAUGAUAACCAGAACCAUUAUAUAUACGUAGAAGAAUUAACUUCCCUAGCUAGUUGUACUAAUGAAAUAAUUGUAUAUAUGAUGGAUGAUUGAAUCAAAUGCCCAGUGGGAGGAAUUAGAGUACGUUAUACAAAAUUGCAACAAUUAAUUGCAUUUCUAACUAAGGAGCACGUAUUUAAUAAAUUAUUUGAUUGCUUUUCAUGAGCAAAGGAAAAUUAAAUCAAUGGAGUUGGACUUAACACCGAGGAGAGCAGAAACAAUGUUUGAGGGAGAUGGUGGAGGUUAUUACACUUGGUCAAGUUCUCAAGUGCCACUUCUGGCUAAGAAUAACGUGUGUGCAGGUCGCCUUCUGCUUCACCCUCGUGGCUUCGCCCUUCCUCAUUAUGCAGAUUCUUCCAAAAUAGGUUAUGUCAUUCAAGGGACUGAUGGUGUAGUUGGGUUGGUACUCCCUAACACUGGAGAAGAAGUGGUUUUGAAGCUAAAGAAGGGAGAUGUUAUACCAGUACCUAUUGGAAGUGUCUCUUGGUGGUUCAACGAUGGAGAUUCUGAUUUUAUUAUUGUUUUUCUUGGAGAAACUUCAAAGGCUCUUAUUCCUGGUGAAAUAAGUUAUUUCUUUCUAACUGGGGCUCUGGGGAUUAUAGGAGGUUUCUCUACUGAGCUCACAGGCAAAGUAUAUGGCUUAGACAAAGAUGAGGUGGAAAAGCUCACUAAAAGCCAGAUAGGAGUUUUGAUCAUCAAGCUAGACAAAAGUCAUCAGCACAUUCCUAAACCCCAAAUAGACAUCACAAAAAAACUAGUGUAUAAUAUAGAUGAUGCACUUCCUGAAAAUGUUGUGGAAAAUGCUGGAUUAGUCAAAACCUUGAAGGAGGAAGAUUUUCCUUUUAUUGGAGAUGUUGGGCUAAGUGUGAUAAGAGUGAAACUUGAACCGGGUGCCAUUAAGGCACCGUCAUACUCAAUAAGCCCUACGGUUCAAUUAAUUUACAUUGCUAGAGGAAGUGGCAAAAUUGAAAUUGUGGACUCCAAUGGAAAACGUGCAUUAGAUACUAAAGUUGAGGUUGGUCAUUUGCUAGUUGUGCCACAGUACUUUGUCCUUGCUGAAAUUGCAGGAGAAGAAGGAAUUGAGUGUUACUCUAUUGUCACAACUACAAAGCCUUUAUUUGAAGAGCUGGGUGGAAGGAGAUCAAUUUGGGGUGCCUUAUCACCAACAUUAGAACAAGUGGCUCUUAACGUUGAUUCUGAUUUUCAAAAGUUGUUCAUGUCCAAGAUCAAGAAAUCCACCAAUCUCAUUCCACCUGUACCUGAUUCUUAGUCCCACACGAGUGAUAUUAGUGUGUGACAUACUGGUGUAUUUGUUUAUGUAAAAAUUUUAUACGAUGAUGUAUGUGAAAAUUAAAUUUAUCUUUUCAUGUGAAAAUUAAAUUCUUGGCUU